AGCUCUCUCUCGUCUACAUCUCUCUCUCUUAUUAAGCUUUCUCUCUCUUCAACCUCUCUCACUCCUCAAGCUUUCUCUCAUCAAUUUUUCUCUCUCUUCUACCUUUCUCACUCCUCAGGCUCUCUCUCUCAUCAAGCUUUCUCUCUCAUCUACCUCUCUCUCUCCUCAAGAUCUCUCUCAGACCUCUCCCUCUCUCAUCAAGCUCUAUCUCUCCUCAAGUGUUCUCUCUCAUCAAGCUCUCACUCUCUCCUCAACGUCCCUUACUUCUCUCUCUUCAAGUGUUUUCUUUUAUAUGAAAUUGUCGAUUGCAACAAAAGGGAAAAAUCAAAUGGUAAAAUCGGUUAACACGUGGGGUGUGUUUUGGUUGAGGCCAAUCACGGCUUGAUGCCAAUACUUUUUCAUUGGGGGAAGGGUAUCUUUUGUAGUAACUAAAGGCAUUCAUGUACUUUUUGGGAAAGGCCGAAAACAAAACAGUAAAAGGGAUCACGGAGGCUUGUGAGAGAGAGCACCAUGCGAUACUGAGGGAGAUCUCAGUGGGGGCUUACUGGAACAGUAGAGGACUGAAGGAAAGUGGUUGACCGUCGGUUUCUGUGAGUAAAACCGAGUGCUCCCAGCUCCCGUCGGUGUGUUCUGUGGUGGUUUCUGGCGAGGAAGGAGAAGAAUAGGAUUGGAAAUGAGCUCUGAGGCAUUGCAGGCUGCAAAGGUGUAUCGGCAACUUCUCAAGGCUGUAAAGAAGCACAUUGCACAGGAAGACAGCAAGAGGCACUUCAAGGAAUAUGUAACUGAGGAGUUCCGCAAGAAUUGUGCACUAUCGGACUUCUCGUCUAUUCGGCAGAAAAUCAAGCUUGCCAGUGACUACACCUUUCUACUUAAUAGUGUCCACCAUCACAAGGACCUACUGUUCUCAUACAACAUUGCUGUGGAUAGAUCGGAUGAAAUGAAGAGAAUACUUGGGAAAUCUGCUGCAAGCGUGGGUCUUCAGCUUCCAGAGGUUUAUCAGCCUUGAUUCAUGGUUGUUUUCCAUGCCAUUCAUUUCCUGAGCAUAAUUGCCCUUUGUACUGUGAUUUUUUUGGUUGUAGCAGGUUGCAACCAAGUCAAACCUAAGGUUGUAUACUCUGUUUUCUCAUCUUGAGACAAACUAGCUCAGCUUUGUUGCUUAAGCUGGAUGCUGGAAUAAUGGUAUUUACAAUUUACUGCCAUAUAUAAACUCUUAUAUUAUUGGAAAAUAGGGAGAGAGGUUAUCUGAAACCCACUUUUCCUGAGAUAAUCAUUUAAAUUAUUUUGGUUAUCCUUGAAGUCAUUGGAAGAACUCAUCCGCAUUAUGAUAUUGUAUUUGGUA